UUCUUUUUUGCAGAGCCACGAGCAUCCGGCCCUCCCUGGGGACUCAGCACGGCACGACCCUGCCUGUCUAUUUCGGUCCACCUUUUAUCGCUUCCUCCCCCCCCCCCCCCAGUGGAAUUUGCUUGAUCCAAGGGUCCAGCUGGCCAGCUGCAAAGCUUCCUAAGGAAGGCGUUGGAGAGCGAGGACAUUCAAGGCAGUUUUCUCACCAUGGCUCAGCAGCACAGCCUGCCCCAUGCCUACCCCAUGAGCCCGGAAUGCGAGUUUGCUAACCCCAGCAAAAUCUACGACCAGAAUUUUGGAGAAGGCCUUUCCCCUGGAGACAUUCUGGCUCCAACCUUGUACCACGGUUACUAUAUCAGGCCCCGGAUUAACAAACAGCUGGAACGAGGGAUUUCGGAGGUCACCCUCAAUGAACACAAAUUCCAGGUUUUCCUUGACGUCUGUCAGUUCACCCCCGACGAAAUCGCCGUCCGCACCGUGGACAACCUCCUGGAGGUGACAGCCCAGCAUCCUCAGAAGGUCGACCGACAUGGAUUCAUCUCCCGUGAAUUCACCCGGACCUACAUCCUCCCUUUGGAUGUCGAUCCUUUCUCGGUCAAAGCCACCGUGACCCAUGAUGGCAUCCUGAGCAUUGAGGUCCGGCGGACGGGGAAGGCAAUGAAGGCCAAAGUCAACGAGGUGGAAGUCACCUGCCAAGGACCACCUGAAAGGAAAGAAGGAAGUCCAGGAAAGGCCUCAGAUCCCUAAAACAUCCUUCUAGGUAGGAUGACCUGGUUUUGGGCUAGAUUGAGUCGGUGAGAAAGUAGUCUUUCCUGGAUGCCAAAAGGCCAUGUCCAGUUGGUCUCCCCUUGGCCUCAUCUUCUCCUCCCCAAAUAUCUAGGGCUUUCAUUCCAAGAAGCUUUUCCCACAAGGUCUUCAGGGCUACAGCUUGCCUUUUCAGAUGUCUUCUAACCCUUCUUUCAUCAAAAUAUAAUUCCCAGGAUUGAGAGUGAAGGCCAAUGCGCCAGUUUGAAACCCGUGGUAUGGGUAAACCAAAUUCCUUUUCGUUUUUUUUUUCAUUUUCAAGGGGUGCCAUAAUUCCUACCCUUUUUCUGCCCAUGGGCCUCUUAGGAGGAUGGGAGUUGUCCGAAGCAUUUGGAAGACCCCUAGAUUGGAGAAGAUGGCACUCACAAUGUUGCUGGCAUUAAGACCCUCUCAAAUGGUUCGACCUUACUUUCCUUACUGAAGAAUUAAUCGGUUGCCCUGUUGAGAUGGGCUUAGUUUAACAGCCCAUCGUAAUUCCUUCCCUUUUCAAAGGAUCAGCCCUUUUUAUUUCGGAAUUCUGUUAAGCUUUAUUUACCACCCUUUCUUUUGUUCUUGGCUGCUUUUACUCAUCUGUUGAUGAUUAAAUGAGAUUUUAAAAUAAAAAUAAAGCAAAGAACCUGUUUCCAGAACUAUUGAUGAAUCAUAACUUGGGAGGGGAAAGUAAAUAAAUAAAUAAAUGCAAACAGUUAAACACAGAUACAAUUUAAAUCAAACCUUUAUUAUCAAUGUACAACAUGCGUACAAUGAAAUUCACCUAACUCUAGAUUAGUUAGCUAAAAUUUCCAUCCAAUAAACUUUUCCUAUCAUGCGACUAUUGAUAAAAAGCAAUUUUUCCUGUCUCUAUUAAACAAUUAACUUUGAUAAGCUGCAUAAUACGUACAUUACUCAAUACUGAUUAUGUUUAGCCGAUCCAGUGAAUCAUAAGGGUUACAAAUUAGAUUUGUGCAGCCUACUAGGCUAAAAUUUGGCUAGCAAGUUUGCCAUUCCCUGGUUCAA